CGCCCUCGUCUUCUCAAAUAAUGAACCACGCUUUCCCCCAUAUAUAUAUAUUCCAUUCCCCGGCCCUGUAACUUAUAACCAUCGUAACGUAUAAAUCAAAUCUCCAUCGCUCAGGUUUUGCUUGUGUAUACAAUACGUAUAUAAAUGUGUAUAUGUGUAUGUGUGCGUGGUUAUUACACCUCUUGCGGCGAUCUCUCUUUGUCGGUGACUGGUGGUGGUUCGGCGGAUCUAUCAGCAGAGCUAAGGUCUCUGAAACUUAAGUCUCUAGAAGAUUGGUUUCUUUUGGAGCUCAGUCAGAGAUGAAAGGAGGAAAUGUUAUCAGAUUCUGGGGAAGACAAUUUACUCUUACUCUGGUUGCGCUUCUAUUUACAACCAUAGUGCUCUGGUACUGUGAGAAAAAUCCGCGUCUCACUAGUUUAUUGUCUGCACAAGAUCAGUUUAUAAUUCAGUCCUCAGAAUUUCUGGUGGAUGAGCCUGCUGAUUCUUCACUGUCACUAAAGUCAGAAGAGGAUAAUACUAGUAAUGAAUAUUCAAAUAAUGGAAUAGCAGAAGUGACAAACACUGAAAACAGAGCAAAUGAUUUUGGUGGUUUUGAAACAAAUGUGACGGACACAUUUUUACCUAGAAGGAAAGAGGAGAACCACAUUUUAGCUUCUGGUUUUCAGAAGGAAGCUUGUAAUUAUGCUAAAGGCAAAUGGGUUCCAGACAGUAAGCGUCCAUUGUAUUCUGGAUUGGGGUGUAAACAAUGGUUAUCAGAUAUGUGGGCCUGUAGGCUGACCCAACGUACUGAUUUUUCCUACGAGGGAUAUAGGUGGCAACCAGAGAAGUGUGAGAUGCCAGAUUAUGAGGGUUCCAAUUUUUUAAAGAGAAUGCAGGACAAAACUAUUGCUUUUAUUGGAGAUUCUUUGGGUAGACAGCAAUUCCAAUCUCUAAUGUGUAUGGUCAGUGGUGGAGAGGGGAGACCAGAAGUUGAAGAUGUGGGAUGGAAGUAUGGCCUGGUCAUACCACGUGGAGCUAUACGUCCUGAUGGAUGGGCUUUUAGGUUCCCUAAUACAAAUACCACAAUUUUGUAUUAUUGGUCAGCGACUCUUUGUGGAAUAGAGCCACUCAACGUUACUGAUCCAGCCACUGAAUUUGCUAUGCAUUUGGAUCAACCUCCAGCAUUCUUGAUUACUUAUCUUGACCAGUUUGAUGUUGUGAUACUGAAUACAGGUCAUCACUGGAAUAGAGGGAAGAUCAAUGCAAAUAAAUGGGUGAUGCAUGUAAAUGGAAUGCCAGUUCGAGACAGGAAACUUGCUGCAUUAGGGAAUGCCAAAAACUUUACUGCUUAUAGUAUUGCCCGAUGGUUUGACAGACGAAUUAAAUUACGUCCACAGCUUCAAGUUUUCUUUCGUACUAUAUCCCCAAGACAUUUCUCCAAUGGGGAAUGGAACACUGGAGGUAGGUGUGAAAAUACCAUUCCACUUACAAAAGGGAGUGAAAUCUGGCAAGAUGAAUCAAGUGACCCUGUUGUCGGGGGCGCUGUUAAGGGUACCAAUGUGAGAAUAUUGGAUAUAACCGCUAUUUCUGAACUAAGGGAUGAGGCUCACAUCUCUCAUUACAGUUUAAAAGCUUCAGUGGGUGUAAAUGAUUGCUUGCAUUGGUGCCUACCGGGCAUUCCUGAUACAUGGAAUGAAAUACUUGCUGCACAGCUUUAGCCUGAAAUUAAAAAAGAAAAUCCUCUGAUAGUGCAUUGAUGGAAGAAAAUAUGCAGGAAUGUUGUUCCAUGUUAUCAACAGGAAGAGUGGAAAACUACAGGGCUGCUCAGCUGCAGAUAAACAGUUUCACAAAGAAGCUUAUAUGUUGAGGAUAAAUAUGGAGUAGGUUAGUUUUGCUUGAAAAUCCUCAUGUAAGGCAUCAGCUUAAGUCCUUCAGGUUCUGGAAAUCCUUUAAAGGUUUCCUGGUUGUAAUACAGAAACUUUGGGCAGACAAACCGUCAGUUUAGCAUUUCUGGCCAAAAUUUGUUGCCAAUGUGUUAUUUCUACAUUUGAAAGCAUCAGAUUUUGUUUGUCCUAUGCGUUUAAUUUUUUGUUUUGUUAUGAGAAAUACCACGUAUAUUUUGCGCA